AUGGUAUCCGUAUCUCUUCAACCUCCAUCACUGACGGAACUGCUCAAUGGCUCACUAUCAGCAGACACCUCUGUUCGAGAACAAGCUACAAAGCAAUUGGAAACAUUGGCUAGAGAGAAUUUUCCAAUGUACAUGGGAUUACUCGCUACAGAAUUAGCAAGUGAACAGAAUAUGUGGACUACCAGAACUUCUGCUGGUCUUGCUCUCAAGAACGCAUUGACAGCAAAGGAUGAAGCCAAAUUACAAGAACUGACUGAACGAUGGGUUGGUAUUGAACCUGAAAUCAAGGCUACCAUUCGAUCUGCUACGGUCAGUACGUUAGGAUCACAAGAAAUACGUGCUGCUCAUACAGCUGCUCAAGCCGUCGCUGCCAUUGCUGCUGUUGAUUUACCACGUCGAGAAUGGCCUGAACUCAUUCCAAGUCUAUUGAACAAUGUGACUAUGACCGAUAACAAGAUAUUAAAGCAAGCCACGUUGCAAGCUAUUGGAUUUAUUUGUGAUGAGAUUGAACCUAUGGUCCUUGCUACGGAAGCCAAUCCUAUAUUGACUGCUGUGGUACAAGGAGCUCGAAAAGAAGAAACAUCACAAGACGUACGAUUGGCAGCAAUUCAAGCAUUGAGCAAUUCGCUAGAAUUCGUGAGAGAGAAUUUUGAACGUGAAGGAGAAAGGAAUAUUAUCAUGCAAGUUGUCUGUGAAGCUACACAAAGUCCUGACGCAAACGUUCAAGUCGCUGCAUUUGAAUGCUUGGUUCGAAUCAUGUCUCUGUAUUAUGACAAAAUGGGCGCUUAUAUGCAACGUGCUCUCUUUGGGUUGACUCUCUUGGCAAUGAAGAGCGAUAAUCAGAGUAUCGUAUUACAAGCAGUAGAGUUCUGGUCUACAGUGUGUGAAGAGGAAUUGGAACUUGCCGCUGAAGCUCAAGAAGCAACUGAAGCUGGUGAACAACCAACGAGGCAGAGUCAACAAUUCGCCAAUGGCGCCGUCACAGAACUUGCUCCAAUCCUUCUAUGGUUGUUGACCAAGAAGGAGGAAGACGAUGAUGAAGAUGAAUGGAACGAAUCAAUGGCUGCGGCAACAUGUCUCACAUUGUUGGCAAACUGUGUUGAAGACACCAUUGUUCAACCAGUCAUCUCAUUUGUACAGCAACACAUUCGAACAACAGACUGGAAAUAUCGAGAAGCCGCCGUUAUGGCAUUUGGUUCCAUCCUAGAAGGUCCAACACCAAGACUCAUCAUCCCACUCGUGACACAAGCUCUACCAUACCUGAUAGAAAUGAUGAAGGACGAAGUAGUUGCAGUCAAGGAUACCACCGCAUGGACACUGGGUCGAAUUUGUGAAUUGCUAGUGGAUGCCAUACGACCAGACACACACCUAUUCGACUUGGUGAAUGCCAUCACAAUUGGUCUGACCGAUUCUCCACGAGUAGCCAAGAACUGUUGUUGGUGCAUCAUCAACUUGGCUGAACAAUUGGGACAAGAAGAUGUGCCAGAUACUUAUGUCCUGUCGAAUUUCUUUGUUGGUAUUAUUACGACCUUGAUGGAUGUUGCUGACAAGUCUACCGAAAUGGAAUUACGUGCUUCUGCAUAUGAAGCCAUUUCUACCAUGGUCUCGCAUUGUGCCAAAGAUUGCUUCUCGGCUGUUAGCAAGUUGACUACAGCUGUGUUGGACAGGUUGGACCAUACUGUGCAAAUGCAGUCGCAAUUAGUGGGUCCAGAUGAUAGAAUGGCACAUCACGAACUUCAAUCAAAUCUCUGCAGUGUACUCACGAGCAUUAUUCGAAGGCUAUCAAACGACAUCAAACCAGUAUCAGAUCGCAUCAUGUCAUUAUUGUUGACUAUUAUGAGCAGUUCAUCCAAGAGUUCAACAGUACUUGAAGAUGCCUUCUUGACUGUUGGAGCCAUGACAACGGCAGUUGAAGGAGACUUUGUGCGAUACAUGGAUGCCUUCAAGACAUAUUUGUGGGCUGCAUUACAAAAUCACGAAGAAUACCAAAUGUGUUCUAUUGCUGUUGGACUGGUUGGGGAUAUAUGUCGAGCCUUGUCGGAUAAAGUAUAUCCAUAUUGUGAUACUACGAUGAAUUUGUUGUUGGCUGAUUUGCAGUCAAGGACACUGCAUCGUGAUGUCAAGCCAGCCAUAUUUUCAUGCUUUGGUGAUAUUGCAUUGGCAAUUGGGCCUCAGUUCGAAACAUAUUUGCACAUUGUUAUGAUGGUGUUGCAACAAGCAUCACAAACACGAAUUGAAGGGAACUCAUACGAUAUGAUCGAUUAUGCCAAUCAAUUACGAGAGGGUAUUGUUGAAGCCUAUGUUGGUAUAACACAAGGACUCAAAGCUACAAGAAUUGAUUUGUUGAGUCCAUCAGUGCAACAUAUAUUUGGUUUCUUGCAAAUGUGUGCAGCAGAUCCAGAACGGACCGAAUCCUUGACACGCAGUGUUAUUGGAUUACUGGGUGAUUUGGCUUCUGCUUUCCCACCAGGUUUACUGAAACCACUAUUGAGUGCAGACUGGAUUGAUCAAUUACUCAAAUCAGUCAAAGCUGAUCGAGGAGCAUCUCAAGCUACCAAGGAAGUAGCUAAAUGGGCUAGGGAAGUAAUCAAACGACAAAUGAUGGCUGUUUGA